CUUUCAGCCAGAGGAACAUUUCACAAGAGAAACGAGAUCCUACAGUAUACACACGGCUGUCAGGAUGCUAAAGCUUCUCGACCUUGUGUUUGUUCUCACUCUGCUUGGCUCAAUAAACCAAGCUGUUAGUGGAGUUAUGAUGGAAAAACUUGCAAAUAUGAAGCUCUGUGCAGAUGAAGAAUGUUCACACACGAUAUCCCUUGCCACAGCAAAUGAUGAUUACAACGCACCUGACUGCAGAUUUAUUAACAUAAAGAAAGGCCAGCUGAUCUAUGUUUAUUCCAAACUACUGCCUGAAGAAGGCUCAGGAGAGUUCUGGUCUGGAAGUGUCUACAGUGACCGGUAUGUGGAACAGAUGGGAAUCAUUGGAUACUUCCCCAGCACCUUGGUCACUGAAACCCAUGUGUUCAAGGAGGGCAGUAUUGAGAUUCCCACAACCGACAUUGAUUUCUACUGUGUUUAAGACAGGAAGAAGAUUGUGAAACAUUUGAAGUGUACAAGACAUAUCAAGGCAUAAGAGAAGAAAAACUUUCAAAGAAAAUUCUACUUUGCUUUCUUCUUAAAAGAAAAACAAGGAAUACAAAGAUAGGAGAAAGUUGUUUUGGUAGGAACUUUGUGAGACAGUCUUCUGCUAAAUACUCUUUCACUUAAGUAAAUACUUUCACCCUUGAAGUAUGAAACCUAUUUUCUUUAAAUAGUUUUUUCUUUUCUUUUGUAUUUUUAAUCAAAAAAAUAUAUAUAACAGUGUGAUGUUUCUCAUACUUGCUGAUACUAUUUUAGAAAAAUAUUUUUUUUCUUCAAAACAAUAUUGUAAAACUGCUUUACAUACACAGCAAUAGAUAUUUGAACUUUUGAAAAGAUACACAUUUAUAGGUUGUACAUGAUUUAUUAUCCAGUGUUAUGAAACAAAUAAAAACCAUAUGUCUAGACAAAAAUAACAUUUUUUGUUUGAAACUGAUUUGAUCAAAUCCAUUAUUUAUAUUUGGAAUUUUCUACUGAUCUGAGCUCAACAAUAUCAUCCAAAAACGAACAGAGCUACGGUACUGUAUUUAAAAUGUGUCUCGUAUGUUUGACUUGUGUGCUGAGUAAACAGAAGCCUGAA